UACUAAGUCUGAAUUGAAAUUUUGCCUGGGAGCUAUUUCACGACGUAUUUUGACAAUAAAGCAGAUUUUUAUAUGAACUUCCAUGUCUAGAUAAACUAAUAAAAUACAUUUACAGUGGAAUAUGAAUUACGUUGUUUAUUUUCUUUGGACAUUAUUAUUUGCUCUCACAUCCUCUCAAAGGAAUAACCCAGAAACUACAGAAAAUGAAGUUAAAGUUGAAUACAUUUGCAACAAUCAAAAAGCAACAUUAGAAUGCAACCAAGAUUUUCAUUUACUUUCUAUUGACCAUGCUUAUUAUGGAAGAAUGGAAAGAAAUGUGUGUCUGCAGCCAAAACCUGAUAUUAUUUUAAAAUUUCAAACAUUCCAAGAAUGUAUGUCGUACUCAUCUUUCAACACUAUAUGGAAAGUUUGCCACGGAAAGCGACGCUGUACUUUGUUAGCUAGCGAAGAUGUUUUCGGCAAUCCAUGUUUGAAUGGAAAUUCUUACAUCUUCGUUAAAUAUCGCUGUGCCCUCCCAGGCACCUCACAAUUUGGAAGUUGCAAAACCGGGGCUUGGGGUUCGUGGGCGAAUGACGAUGAUCCGAAAGGGGCAGGAGAUUUUGAGUUAUUCAGCAAUCACAGAGCCGAAGGGGUCGUUGAAUGUGACAAACCGUCCGGCAUGGAGGUUCGACUUUUAAACGGGGAUCCUUAUACUUUGGGAGAAGAUGUGAUCAAAAUUGAGAAAAAUUAUGGGGCAACUUGUAUCAAUCAACAACAAGAUGAUAGAGUUUGCAAUGAUUACAAAAUUAGAUAUUGUUGUGAUUCAAAAUGCGAACGACCGUUACCACCGACAAAUGGUUAUAUGACUUCUACUGAGACUCAAACAUUCUCCGAAGGAGAUAGAAUACAAUUUGCUUGUAAUUCAGGAUAUGAACUUGAGGAAUCAUCCGAUUUUAUUUGCCUCUCUUCCUCAGAAUGGUCCAGCAAUGUUCCAACUUGUGUUGAAAAGGAUACUAAUAAUAUCAAAUACUGCUUUACUACUGGAUUUCCUCACUAUACAACAUUUGAUGGAAGAAACUACAAGUUUGGAGGAACUUGUAGCUACACCAUGGCAAAAUCUACACGCAAUGUUUCAAUUGAGUCAUUUUAUGUAUCAAUUGAAAAUUCAAGAAUUUUGAAAAGCGAAACAUGGAUUCGAAAAGUUACAAUUGAUAUUUUCGGACAACAAGUUGAAAUGCAAUAUGGAAAAAGAAUCUUGGUGGACAAAGUUGUAGUACGUCUUCCCUUCGAAGUCGAGAACAAAUUUGUGAUUCGAACAAGCGGAAGAUUUAUAGAACUUUCAACAAAUUUCGAUAUGACCGUUACAUAUGAUGGACAGGGAUAUGUUUCAUUAGGUCUACCAGACAAAUACUCCGGUAACACAGAAGGAUUGUGUGGCAAUUACAACCAUAGUCCUGAAGAUGAUUUUGCAGUUCAGGGUGGAUUAGUUGUUUUAACUGAAACAAACACGUUUGGAAAUCACUAUCUCAUUCCUACCACGAACCCGGCAAAAAGUUGUAACUCUGUUGAUGUCAUGAUUGAAUCAUCUUGCUUGGAUUCAAAUAAUUUGAUGCAAUUUGAAGAUGAAUGUUCUGUCAUCACAAAUUCAGAUGGUCCGAUUGCUGCUUGUUAUUCUGUUGAGUCAGAAACUUUUCAUCAGAACUGUCUUUAUGACGUAUGUUAUCACAAUGGAUCAAAUGAUGCUUCGGAAUCCUCAAUAGCUGCGUAUGUUGAAAACUGCCAGAGAAGAGGAAUUGAGAUAAAUGAGUGGAGAAGCUCACUCAAUAAAAGUUGCGUUUGCGAUAAAGAUAACGUGCAAUCAGAUUUAGAAUGUGUGCCGCUGUCGGAUUGUGGCUGCAAAUUUGAAGGAAAGUAUUACAAGAACAGAGAAGCACAAUUAUCUUGGCAAUGUACAAGAAGAUGCGAGUGUCUUAAUGGAGUCACAUUUUGUAAUUUACAUACUUGCAAUGAGAGUGAAACGUGUAAGAGAAACAUUCUAGGACAAGAAACUUGCGUGAAAGAUUUUGAAGAUUCGGCACAUGUUUGCAGAGCCUGGGGAUCACCCCAUUACACAACUUUUGAUGGAAGUGGUUGGUACGACUUCAAUGGUCGAUGUGGAUAUAUCAUGUCAGCAUCAUAUACCCUACCACCUAAUGACCCACGUUGGUUUCUUGUCAGUGCCAAAGGAGGUUCUAGAGAUCAAACCCAAAGGAUACUAUUUCUAGAGUCUGUACAAGUACAACUUCAAGACAAAGCGUUGGACAUAGUUAUGUACAAAAAUGGCACAAUCACGAUGAACAAUGAUCGUGUGUUGGAGGCAAGAACAAAAUUAUUUACAAUAUCACGUUCCGGGCGCUCUGCAAUUGUUUCAACACCGUAUGGUCUGGAAGUAUCAUUUACUGGACAAGUUAUGUAUAUCAAGCUCAACGAAAGCUAUAAGGGACAGGUUCGUGGCUUAUGCGGAGAUUACAAUGGAGACCCGUCGGACGACCUACUCUUACCUUCAGGAUCCAUGGCAAGUUCACAUGAUCAAUUUGUCGGUGGAUAUCAGUUGGGAAGUUGUUUAAGUGAUCACGCAACAUCAUAUGUUUGUUCUCCUGAAAGAGUAGAUAUGUGGAAGUCUAUUGAUUACUGCGGAGCUUUAUUAAAUCCUGAUGGCCAGUUUUCAUCUUGUCAUCAACAUGUUGAUCCAGAAAUGUUCACAGAAAAAUGUUUAUUUGAUGUCUGUGUAACUGAAGGAGAUAAAUCCGUUCUUUCACAAGUAUUUGAAGAAUAUGUAGAUGCUUGCAAAAGGGAAGGAAUAGAUCUUUGUAAUUGGAGAUCAGUGACAGGAAUAUCACAGCUUCAAUGUCCCUCACAUAGCACUUACAACGGGUGUUCAUCAUCUUGUCAAGACACUUGUUUUAAUCCAUCAGCGUCAAUCAACUGUCGUAACACAACAGUUGAAGAUUGUGUGUGUGAUGCUGGUUAUUUGCUUGAGGGAACAAGAUGUGUGACUCCAAGGGAAUGUGGUUGCACCAAAGACGGAUUGUAUAUUUCUAACGGCGAUAUUAUAGUCAAUUCUGACACAAAUGUUGAAUGCAAAUGCAACGGACUAGACGAUAUAUCUUGUUAUUGUUUACCAGGCUUUUUAAUGCAAGAUGACAUUUGUGAAGAUGUGAAUGAAUGCACAGGAGAAAAUACUUGCCAUAAAGAUGCUGAUUGUACUAAUACCGUCGGAUCUUAUUAUUGUACCUGCAAGGAAGGCUUAGUUGGUGAUGGCGCGGAAUGCAUAGAUGUCAUAUGCCCGACACCGAAUGUAAUGGAAAACACAAGAAUCUACCCGGAAAAAGAAAGUUAUCGAGUAGGCGACAGAAUUUUAUACUUUUGCACAAUGGGUUACGAAUUGAAUGGAUUUCCCUGGAGAGUCUGCGAAAGCAACGGAACUUGGGCGAAUAAAGAACCGACAUGCAAAGAAAAAGUUGUCUGUGCUCAACCAGAUUUUAUCCGAAAUGGCAGAUUUACGCCAGAAAGACCGGCAUAUUUGGUAGGUGAAGCGAUUGCAUAUAGUUGUUAUAAUAAUGUCGACCUAAAAGGAGACAAAAUUAGAACGUGUUUAGAAAGCGGACAAUGGGAUGGUGAAGACCCAACAUGUCGAGAAAGAUGUCCAACACCGAAUGCUCCAAAAAAUGGUUUGGUGAUUUCCAUGAGCGACGGAUUUGUGGAAGAUGAUAUUGUGGAAUAUCAAUGUGAUAAAGGUUUUCAACUGACAACGAUACCGUUCCGUACUUGUUUAAAAAAUGGUAGUUGGGCAGGACCUGAGCCCUAUUGUGAAGAAAAAUUGUGCGAUGAACCUCCUUCCAUUGAUGCGGGGUUCCACAUACCGAGAAACCAGGACGAUUGGAAGAUUGGAGACACGAUUGAAUACAUUUGCAGUUCUGGAUAUGGAUCACCAGUCAUGCGAGUAAUGACAUCAGAAUGCUUAGAAAGUGGAAAAUGGUCAUUCGAGCCUCCGGCAUGCUUGGAUAUUGACGAAUGUCGUACAACAAUAUGCGAUAUGGAAGGCACUACAAACUACACUAAGAUUCGAGACUGCUUGAGGACUGUUCAUGACUGUCAUCCUGACGCAGAUUGCAUCAACAGUCCCGGAACUUUUCAUUGCGUCUGCAAAUUAGGAUACAAAGGAGAUGGACGUGAAAAUUGUUCAUUUUCUGUUCCUUGUCCUAUUCCACUAAGUAUUGAAAACGGAGAAGUUGAAUUUUGGGCGGAAGGCACAUCAGCUGAGGCAGGAGAAAUCAUAUUUUUCAGUUGUAAAAAUGGAUAUGAAUUGGAGGGAGAUUUUGUCAACACUUGCAGGAAUAAUGGAAAAUGGUUAAAAAGGAAUCCAGUGUGUAACGAUAUCGACGAAUGUGCAUCACAACCUUGUCACGCAGAUGCUAUUUGUGUCAAUACUCCUGGGAGCUACAUUUGUUUUUGCAGAGAAGGAUUCAAUGGAGAUGGAUUCAAUUAUUGUUCAGGAUGUCGAGUUGAAGGUUGUGGAUGCGAAAGAAAUGGGAUGAUUUAUAAAAAUCUUGAACUUUUUUGGACGAAAAACUGUGAGAACCAAUGUAUUUGCGAAGCAGGAGGUAUAAGAUGUGCAGAUAUUCCUUGUGAUGAGGACCAAACGUGCGUCCAAGACCCAAUCGGAUCAUAUUAUUGUCAAGGAAAAUCUGGAAAAUGUGAAUUAAGACCUCAUUUAAUUGAAGUUCCGUAUUGCUUCGACAAAUACAACCGCACUGUACAAUAUAAUGCCGGGACAUGUUCGUAUACAAAGUGUUCUUCAAGACAAAAUACCUGCUGUGGGAUUGCUUUGGAAGAUAAUGAAAUUCUUGAGUGUAAAGAUGCAUUCUACAACGACUAUACGAUAACUGUUCAGAAGGUUGCCCGGUGUCAAUGUCAACAGUGCAUCAAUUCGAGAACAUCGUUCCAUGGAAGAGCUUACGGAAUCAGUGAUAAAGGAAACUAUGUCCCAUUUUCACACGGCUUAAUAUAUCAUGAUGGUGAAUUUCUCACAACUACAAAUGUAGAUGGCACAUUUACGAUAUAUUUUGAAGCCGGACUACAAGAGUUCUUACUUAGAUUUGAAGACAACCAAAAAUUAUUCUUAACAACAAUGAAGAUAUUGAAAUUUAAAAAGAAUGGCGGAUCCAUAUUCAUAGAUAUUCAAAUACCAAUGAUAUCAGAAGAACUAACAGAAAAUAAUUCCAUGAACGAGUGGACAAUAAACUUAGAAAAAGCAUCAAUGUCAGUCAAUCCCGUGUCGUUCUACAAACUGUCCGGUCAACCAUAUGAGGGUAAGGUCACUUAUAAUGCAAAAUAUGUCAACGAGAGGGGAUAUGAAAUUGAAACAACACCAGGAACGUUUUAUUCACGCAGAGGAGAAUUGAUGUUGUUCUAUGAUAUUUUGUAUUGCAUGUUCAGAGGACAGAGAGAUGAAGCGUUGAUGCAUUUGAAGGCGGUGAUAUAUCCAUCAGUCAAUCAUAUAUCAAAUCGUAAAGAUAGAGAUGAAGAUUUGAGUUUAUGGGAAUGGAGCUCCUUUUUUCAACAAUGGGAUCAGAGAGAAAAGCUGAAGAAGAAAAGCAGAAAUGGAAAGGAGCUCGUCUGUGAAUAUGACUUCACAGAAUCUCAUAAUUAUCUGGCAAUAGCACGAGCUGCAAGGAAGUUAUGCUAUGUCAAAGUUCGAGGAUACAAAACUAAUGACUUCAGAAUUGCUGAACAAAUAGAUGAUUUGAUUGCAAAGGGAAUUUACAAAGCAAAUAAUACUUGGUAUACAUCUGUAGAAGAUAUUACGACACGAUCUCAAGGAGUUUGUCUCCCUUUGCCGUGCGAUGAAGAUCUAUUUACAGCAAAAUUUAAAGUUUAUAUCAACGGAAACACUACGUUAAAUCCCGAGGAGCUUAAGAACAUUCAGGGAGUAUAUGUCAAUUCCGAAGACAAUUCUAUUAAUUUCGAUGUUGAUUCAACAAAGGAAAAUUUGAGAGGUCCUAUAUACGAAACGAAAGAGGAAUGCCAACUAGCAUCUAUCAGAGAAGAUCAUCACCGCUUUUAUAUACAGUCAAGAUACGUAAAAGAAUUCAACACAGCUCCAGUAGAAGAGACUAAUCUUCUCGGUACUUGGUAUAAUACACCAUUCAACUGGUGGUCGAAACCUUUUGAUUUCACAACUUGCUACAUUAAGAUUGGCAUAAGAGGUGACCGAACCAGGAUUUUGGCAAAAAGUUUAGUUGGGCAGAGACUAAAUAUGGUUGGAAAAUUGUACGGAUUCCGAGAAGAUAUAAGUUGGGGAGAUAGAAACAUGUCUGCUGCUUGCAUAGAGGUGAAAUGCAGCGGAAAUUUGCUUGAUGCAAUAAAAGAUAUAACAUUUGUGGAUAUCGAGCCAAAAGGUUCCUGCAAACAAUCUGGAAUCAAUCCAAAAAUCAAGCAAAUGAAUCAAAACGUAUACAUAACCCAGAGAAACGAAGGAUCGUAUCGAAUGUACUACCCAGAAAAUGUUAAUGGACAACAGUAUGGACUUUACACGCAUUCGAGCAGGGAUCUUUUUAUCAGCAAAAUGACUGCACUAAGAAAAUGUUAUGCCGGAAACGGCGGAAUGUCUAACGUUAUGAUACCUAGUCAGGGCUUAGGUUUAGUUUUUGAUUGUUAGUGAAGAAUUUUGAUAUAUAAAUAUGUAUAUACUGCUACAAUUUUUGAGUUGUUUUAAUUAAAGGGCGCUUCAAUAUGUUACAAUACAUAAAUAGUGUUAUUUAUGACAAUAAACACCAAUAUACAAAAAAUAGCUAGAAGAGACUUUGAAAGUCUAACAUGGGACGAAGAAGAGAAAUGCAGCAUAAUAGUAAUUUGACGAGUUAAAAUACGAUCUUCAAGUAAUCACGCGGAAUUUAAUUUUGAUCAUAAUGCCUGACCUAUUCAGAUACAUUUUAACAUAAAGAAUUAGGUGGCCUUUGCUAGCCUAACUAUUUAUUCUCUGAUGUAUGUUAAAAAAGUUAAAUAAACAAGAUUAGAUAAUUAUACUAGCUAUUCUAAAAUUUAAAUUAUAGGAAGAAAAUUCUUCUCGAUUCUGAAUGCAAAAUGGGAAAUGGGAUGAAAUAAAUGGGAUAAUUUCGAUUGAAUCACUAACCAUUAGUGACAACAAUGGUAUUUGAAUUUGUCUCGUUGAGCUUGCGGUUUGACUAGCACUUUUAUCCUUGUUUCCGUGCUCGGAGAUUGCACAAGGCGAUGUAACAAUAUUUCUAAUAUUCCUUAUGCUAUCUGAUUCUAAAUUUGAGAAAGAUAAAUUCAGUCUAAUUAAUGUCCUGUUAUAUAAUUGUUGAUUCAAGCAGUUUAUACCAUACAUUUUUAUUUAUAUACUCAAAGGUUAUCUUUUGGCUAUCAACUUCACCAGCUCAGAUACCGCAGGCGCACAGGGUGCAAAUUGCCGGUUAACUAAACAUACCUAUCUCGGCGAAUGACGCGCUUAGAUAGGAUAUGAUGGACUGAUACCACCAUUCGUAUCAAAUACAAAAUUACUAAACUGUUAAAAACCAUCAGAAA